UAAAAUGAGUGAUAAAAACAGCGGAAGUAUCGUUGCUAGUUCUACUACAACUGUUGGUGCUAGCAAUACUACUGAAGGUGGCGAGGUAGCUGCCACGGGCGAACACUGGGCAAUAUUUGGCGACUCUCACAUGCGUUACCUCUUUACUGCAUUCCUCACACGACUCAGGAGCCCCACCCUUCAAUAUCGACUAAAAACAGAUACGAAAAAGUGGGUAAGUAUAGCCCCGCUAGAGAAGAAAAUGUACAGGAACAAAAUAUGGGAAAAAAUUGAAGCUCGUGACCUGAGCAUCAACUUUCACAUGACUUUCUACUGGGACAUAUGGCUGAUGGAGCUGCCAAAAAUGUUGUCCAAGUGGGAGAAGAAUCCGCAACUCACUCCAACACUCGUCAUCUUGGCUGCUGCGCUACACUGGAUGGUGAGGACACAAUCCAUUUACCAGAGCCAAGGUACUGAGGCAGCUGCUAAUGAGUACAGAAAACAUUUCAGAAGCAUGAAGGCCCAGCUCACCCGCCUCGCUGCAAGAACCACCGUCGUCUUCAAACUCUUCGACGACGUGAGGAUAGCCAACAGGCCUAACAAGCAGAUAUCGGCGAACAAUCGGAGUAACUACGGGUUGUACAACAAGGUGGUGGUUGAGGAGCUGGCAGGGACGGGAGUGAUCAUCUGGGACAGCACCCUGCCUCUCUCCCGUGCCUACAGCCUCUACUGUGACAUCUACCCCAGGCACACUCCACCGUGGUACCAAUGGAAGUGCGAGGAUGUUGGCCAUGUGGGGUACAUCCUAGUGGACCAAUAUGCUGAUAUGAUUUUUAAUGAUUACUGUAAUAGAUAUUUAAAACUGGGGAAAGAUUAUUGUGCAUAAAGUAUUGAAUAUCAGCAUUCGAAUUGUUAAAUAUAAUCUUUAUGCGACAACGUAUAAAAAAUAAGGGUUACAUAACAGUGUUCAAGGUCGUAAAUAAAUGGUUCAGAGAACCGACAAGUUAAUGAAUUAGAUACAUGUGCAAUAUUUGUGUAUCUUUACUGAGGACACGUUUCGCCACACAGUGGCUUCUUCAUCCCGGAGCCCGGCCAAAGGCCAGGCUCGUCUGGUUUCGUAUUAUGUGCAGUCAGUUAGCAUUAGCUCAGCAGUUAUCUUGCUACUCUUUUAUGACA